AAACAUACUCACCGUGUCAUCAAUCAUUCAAUUACACAAAGCAAAGAAUGCCAGCACGAAACAUCCUCAAAUCCUUCUUGGAUACUAUAUAUGAUACAUUUCCCACCAAUUCCAUCACUUUCAAAGAUGAUGCUCCAACUACUUUCGGCGUCUUCUUUUUCUACUUUUUUUUUAACUAUAUAUGAUACCCUUCCCACCAACUCCGUCACCACUCUCUCAUUUCCCCUUGUCUCCAUCAGAUCCUCUUUGUUCUCUAUCCUUCACAUUGCUUUCUCUCUCUGCUGCUCUCACCUCGACCUCUCUUCCUUUCCUUCCUCGCUCCGCCAGCCAACCAUUUGAGAUCAUCCACCUCUUCGAAAGUGUGGGAGAAGAGGAGGGAGGUGCAGAAUAGAUUAGAGACUGAAGUUUUAGGCUUCAGUUUUUAUAUUUCCAAAUUGCCCCAAAGAUUUCAAGAUAUCAAAAUCUGCCUCAAAAUAAUUCAACCCGUGUCGGAGGUGUGUCCAACCCAUUGACCGGUGUCUUGACCGUGUCCAACCCGUGUCAGGGGCAUAUCGUCGGCGUGUCGAAGUGUCACUUAUGUGCUUAGAGCUGAUUGCUUGGAACACUUCCGAUUUGCGUUGAGCAGCCAAAUGGCCCGGGAUUCUGCUCCUGCAGUUUUUCCAUGGAAAUACCAUGUGUUUCUGAGUUUCAGAGGUGAAGACACCCGCCGGGGUUUUACAGAUCAUUUAUACAAACAGUUGGAGGCGCGAGGAAUCAAGACUUUCAGGGACGAACCAGAACUUGAACGAGGGACAGAUAUCAAUCCAGAGCUCCUGAAGGCAAUUGAGCAAUCAAGGUCUGCAAUCAUAGUUCUUUCGACAAACUUUGCUUCUUCAAGUUGGUGUUUGCGAGAACUUACUCAUAUUGUUCGUUGCAUGGAAGAGAAAAAGAGAAUUUUUCCCAUUUUUUAUGGCGUGGAACCUUCUGAUGUACGCCAUCAACGAGGGAGUUUUGGCGAAGCCUUUGCGGAACAUGAAGUAAAUUAUCGAGAACACAUGGAGGAGGUAAAUGAGUGGAGAAAGUCGUUAGAAAGGGUGGCUAAUCUCGCUGGGUGGAAUUCAAAGGAUUGUAGGUAUGAUACAGAGCUUAUCCAAGGAAUCGUUGAUACACUAUGGAAGGAAGUGCAUCCUACGUUGUCAAUGUUAGAUUCCUCAGAGAGGUUUGUCGGAAUCGAUUCUAAAUUGAAGGAAAUAGAUUUGCUUUUAGAUACAGAUGCAAACGAUGUUCGCUUUAUAGGGAUAUGGGGGAUGGGUGGAGUGGGUAAGACAACCCUAGCUAGAUUAGUUUACGAGAGAAUUUCUCAUGAUUUUGAAGGUAGCAGCUUUCUUGCUAAUGUUAGAGGGGUGUGCUCUAAGGAUGGCAUAGCUCAUCUACAAAAGCAGCUUCUUUCUGAAAUCUUAUGGGAAAAUAACAUACAAAUUUGGAAUGCUGAUAGUGGAAUCACUAGGAUAAGUAGGUGUUUACGUAAUAAAAAGGUUCUUCUCAUACUCGACGAUGUGGAUCAAUCAGACCAACUGGAAAAGUUGGUCAAACAAAAAGAGUGGUUUGGUUCCGGGAGUAGAAUCGUCAUUACAACUAGAGAUGAACGUUUGUUAGUUAAACAUGAUAUAGAGAUGGUCUAUGAGGUUAAGCCAUUAACCCAAGAUGAAGCUCUUUUUCUCUUUUGUCGGAAUGCCUUUAAAGAUGAUGAGUUGGAAGAAGAUUUUUUAGAACUGUCCAAAUGUUUCAUCAGUUAUGCAAGUGGUCUUCCAUUAGCUCUUGAAACUUUAGGGUCUUUUUUGUACAAAAGAGGUCGAGAUGAAUGGAAGAGUGCACUAGAUAAACUGAAGCAAGCUCCUAAUACGAAAAUUUUUGACACAUUGAAAAUAAGUUAUGAUGGACUAGAUGAGUUUGAUAAGAGAAUCUUCCUUGACAUUGCAUGUUUCCAUAACUUUCGUGAAAAGGAGCAAGUAAUUGAAAGACUAGAAAACUGUGGCUUUGUUGGCGCUCGCAUUGUGAUCGAAGUUCUUAUUGAGAAAUCUCUCUUGUAUAAAUCAUACAAGUAUGUGUCUAUGCAUGAUUUGAUACAAGAAAUGGCAUGGGCGAUUGUUCGACAAGAGUCUUACGAUGAGCCAGGUGGUCGUAGUCGGUUGUGGCUUCCUCAUGAUAUCUUGCACGUGCUCACAAAGAAUACGGGAUCAGAGGCAAUUGAAGGCAUAGUCUUACGCUUGAGUGAAUUUGUAGAGGCACACUGGAAUCCUGAAGCAUUCACUAAGAUGUGUAAGCUGAGGUUGCUCGACAUUCAUAAUGUGAGCCUUUCUAAGGGCCCCAAGUAUCUUCCGAAUGCUUUAAGAGUUCUCAAAUGGAGCUGGUAUCCCUCCAAAUGUCUACCACCAAUUUUUCAACCGGAUGAACUUACAAUACUUAGUCUGCAGCAUAGCAAAAUCGAUCACCUUUGGGAUGGAAUCAAGUGCUUGGGCAAGUUGAAGUCUAUCGAUCUUAGUUACUCCCACAACUUGACAAGGACCCCAGAUUUCACAGGUAUUCAAAAUCUCGAGGAGCUGGUUCUUCAAGGUUGUACAAAUUUAGUUAAGAUUCAUUCAUCUGUUGCAGUUCUCAAAAGGCUUAGACUUCUAAAUCUUAAAGACUGUAAAAGUGUUAAGAGUCUCCCAAACAAGGUAGAAAUGAAAUCUCUUGAAGUAUUUCAUAUUUCUGGCUGCUCAAAAGUGAAAAAGAUUCCAGAAUUUGUUGGAGAAAUGAAAAAUUUCUCGACGCUUUCUUUAAGCGAAACUGGUGUUCAGGAAAUACCUUCCUCAGUUAUACGUUGGAGUUUGGAGAGGAUUGAUUUAAGUGGAAUUGCUUUGAGAGAGACGGAAUCCUCCCUGGUUUCAGUGAAAAAUUUGGUACUAUCAAAUUUUCUUGGAUGUAAUGCACCACCAGCUAGAUCAUGGCGUUCCUUCUUCACUUUUGGCGAAUUUCCAGCAAAGAUUUCUCACCCUGCGAGUGUGGUCUUAGCUUCGUUGAAAGAUUUAUGUUUUCUGAAGGAAUUAAAUCUGACGGACUGCAAUCUUUGUGAAGGAGCAAUUCCCGAUGAUAUUGGUUCCUUGUCCUUUUUACGAGUUCUAAUUCUUAGGGGCAACCAAUUUGUUAGCCUUCCUGAAAGCAUCAGCAGGCUUUCUGAGCUGCUCUGUAUUAAUUUGGAAAAUUGCAAAAGGCUUAAACGACUGCCAAGAGUUCCAUUAAACGGCAAAUUACAAAUACUCACGUAUAAUUGUACUUCCUUAGAAGUGCUCCCAUGUUUACCACAUCAUUGCGGAAUUCCGAUGAAAUUGGUUUUUGUCAAAUGCCUCAAUUAUGGUUGCGGUGGCAUAACUUUGCACUUUCUUUACAGACACGGAAGCAUAUUCGAAGAGAAGUGCAUGUGCGAGUUGACGUGGAAAAGCAAAUACGGGUACAUUUCGAGAUCGCCAUUCGGUUCAGAUACGGGAUUCAAGUUGAUGAGCAGAUUCGGUCCAGGUACAAGAUUGGGUAGUAACAUGAUGUAUUCUUCGCCAGGUAGGAAAAUGAUGUAUUCUUCGUCGGAGAGUAGACGUAAGCAAUACGGUUUUUAGUUCGAUCCAUUUUAAAUUCGUUAAAGAAUGUAAAUUAGUUUGUAUAUAAAAAUAUUGAUAAUAAUACAUUUAUAAUUAAUUUACUACCGCACCAUUCCUUUUCCUUGUUAUUUCUUCACGUGAACAUUUCAUUGGAAGAUGAAUAGAUAGGAAUUAAAAUUAAAAUGACUCGGAUACCAAGGACUUAUCAUUUCCCUUGGUUAUUUCUUCACGUAAUCAUCAUUUAUCUCUUUAAUAUUUUUUUAUUAAAUAUUCAUUAAACAAAUAAUUAAUGUAUUUGUAGACGUUUCCUUUCCCUUCGCUUUUGUUAUUUCUUCUCAAUUCUCAGUGUCGCAUUCCAGUUCUCUCUAUCCUUUCCUCCUCUCUCAUUUCUUCUCUUUCCCUGACCUUUCCUUUUUCUCUUUCACCGACAAAUACAAGGACGAAUAGGAACAUGCGCAGUGUGAUGCUCUUCUCGAGGGGGAUAAGCAAAUCACCUCUGUUCUUCAGAAAGUCUCCCCGACAACUACAAGGACGACAUCGGCGAAUUUUACGGUGACCCAGGUGCAUUUUUUCAGUUCUUUGUUCAAGUUGUCUAAUCUGAUUAGAGACACCAAAUUCACAACCAAACCGUCCAAGUAUCAGUACGAACGUACCGAUACAGAGUUCAGACACUAAAUGACCGAAUCUGGCAACUAUGAGCAAGACGGAGGUGGAAAGGCAGAGAGUCAAUACAGUAUUGAAGUAUGACCCAGUGAAAGUGGAAGUUCCUCCAAAACAGUCAAAGACCAAGUUGAAGAGGCAUAGUUUGGCGAAAGAAUUGUUGGAGUGAGUUGAAUUUUAUGUGUAAUUAGGAUGAUCUUGUUCCCCCUUAAGUCUGUAUAAUUAGGGUAAAUAUUAUUGCAUACUCUUACCUUGUAAA